CAGAUAAUCAUCAUUAUACGAAUAUCAUGAAAUUUUAAUAGAAUUUAUAAUCCGAAUCAAAUAUACCGAAAAACGAACAAUAAAAUGCACGGGGUACCAUUACACAGUCUUUUCAAGUCUACGAGAAAGAAAGAGAGAUGAUAGAAGAUGAAGAUACAAUAAUAAGAAAAAGGAAGAAGAAUUACAGGACAAAAUUAAUGAAAUUAUGUGGAGUGAAAGAGACGACGAUGCAAAUGGAAAUUGAAAAGGCAUCUACUGGCAGCAUUGAUGAUCAUCUUAUUUCACAUCAAACGCAUCUCUCUCAUGGUCUUCCUCUCCCUGCUCUUGGUGCUCAUUCUCACCAUAAACUCAAGCAAAGUGGCUAUAUUAUCUCACCCUUUAAUCCAUAUUACAGAGUUUGGGAGACGUUUUUGGUACUUUUGGUUUUCUACACGGCAUGGGUGUCCCCAUUUGAAUUCGGAUUCCUGGAAGCUCCGAGGGGUCCUCUCUCGAUAACUGAUAAUGUUGUGAAUGGAUUAUUUGCUGUUGAUAUAUUAUUGACCUUCUUUGUUGCCUAUGUGGAUAAAGCUACUUACAUUCUCGUCGACAACCCAAAAAUGAUUGUUUGGAGGUAUGCAAAAAGGGGGUUGGUCUUCGAUGUUAUAUCUACAAUACCUUCUGAGCUGGCUCGUUGUGCCUUGCCGCAUCCUCUUCAACCAUAUGGCUACUUCAAUAUGCUUCGUCUGUGGCGUCUUCGUCGAGUCAGUGCCUUGUUUACCAGAUUGGAGAAAGAUACAAACUUCAGCUAUUUCUGGGUUAGAUGCUCAAAGAUGAUAUGUGUAACACUUUUUGCUGUUCACUGUGCUGCCUGCUGCUUUUAUCUUACUGCAACUCGUCAACACAAUCCAAAAAAGACAUUUCUUGGAAUUGACUAUGACAACUUCCAUGAUGAAAGUUUAGCAGUUCGGUAUUUAACAUCAAUGUACUGGUCUAUAACAACAAUGACAACUACAGGCUAUGGUGAUCUGCAUGCUACAAAUAACGCAGAGAUGUUAUUUGACAUAAUGUAUAUGUUGUUCAACCUUGGUUUGAAUUCAUAUAUUAUUGGAAACAUGACCAACCUAGUUGUCCACAGGACUAGUCGAACAAGGAAAUUUAGAGAUACGAUUCAGGCUGCUUCAAGUUUCGCACAAAGGAACCAAAUACCUGUUCGCCUACAAGAGCAGAUGGUUGCACACUUGUGCUUGAAGUAUAGAGCGGACUCAGAAGGGCUCCAGCAGCAAGAAAUUCUUGAUGUGCUUCCGAAAGCCAUCCGAUCAAGUAUUUCACAUUUUCUCUUCUAUUCUCUUGUGAAUAAGGUGUAUCUGUUCAGUGGAGUUUCAAAUGACAUGCUCUUUCAACUGGUCUCAGAAAUGAAGCCUGAGUAUUUUCCACCCAAGGAAGAUGUGAUUUUACAAAAUGAAGCUCCAACAGACUUGUACAUUCUGGUCACUGGAUCAGUGGAUCUUAUCAGGCAAAGGAAUGGAACAGAAGUGACUGUUAGAGAACUACAGACUGGAGAUGUUUGUGGUGAGAUAGGAGUCCUUUGUUAUCAGCCACAAUUGUUUACUGCUCGUACUAAAAGAUUAAGUCAACUGCUAAGGCUGAGUCGCAGUGCAUUUUUAUGUAUUGUUAAGACAAAUGUUGCUGAUGCCACAAUAAUCAUGAACAACUGUCUUCAGCAUCUCAAAGAAAGAAAUGAUCCAGUAAUGAAAGAAAUUUUGGUAGAUAUUGAACGCAUGCUAGCUCAAGGAAGAUCUGAUAUGCCCGUAAGCUUGUGCUUUGCAGCAAUGAGAGGAGAUGACUCACUGCUGCAUACGUUGCUAAGGCGUGGAAUGGAUCCAAAUGAAUUGGACAGUUCUGGGCGAACACCUCUGCAUAUCUCAGCCUCAAAAGGAUGUACAGAAUGUGUUGUUCUACUCCUAGCUUAUGGAGCAAAUCCGAACAGUAAAGAUUUUGAAGGAAAUGUUCCUCUGUGGGAUGCAAUCUUGGGGGGACAUGAAUCAGUCAUAAGAGUACUUGUCGAAAAUGGGGCAGACAUAUCUUCUGGGAAUAUUGGUCAAUUUGCAUGCUUUGCCGUUGAGCAAAACAACUUGGGCUUGCUCAAGGAACUCGUCAGGUAUGGUGGGGAUGUCACCAUUUUGAAUAACACAGGAACCACAGCAAUUCACAUGGCUAUAUGCCAGGAAAAAGUCGAAAUUCUCAAAUUUUUAAUAGAAGGAGUUGAUCUUGACAAGCCAGAUCAACACGGAUUGACUCCCAGGGCCUUAGCUGAUUAUCAGGGUAAUGAAGAGAUAAAAGACUUAUUUCGAACCAAGAAAGAAGUUACAAGUAAAUCUGUUCCAAAAGGCGUGCCUUGUAUGAAGAAGUAUCAGAGUGAGCCGCCGCGACGUUCUGAACCCAUACCUGACUAUACAACGUCAAUGAGUUUUGAAAAUGGUGCUUCGUCUAAUUCUUGUUCUUUAAGGCCAAGAACCAACAACUUUGAUCAUUCAUUGUUUGGAAUCAUGUCAGCUGCUCGAAAAACAAAUAAAGUUGGCAAAGAUAUUCUCCAAGCUUCGGUUGAUUUUGAAAGCGAGCAAAUUUUGGGUAAUUGGAUUCCAAGGAUUACCAUACAGUGCCCAGAAAAGAAAGAAUUUGGUGCCAAGGUUAUUCCCCUUCCCCAGUCGCUCCAGCUGCUAUUCGACAUUGGCUUCAAGAAAUUUGGGGUCUACCCCACCAAGGUUUUAACCAAGGAUGGAGCUCUCAUAGAAGACAUAGGUGUAAUCAGAGACGGUGACCAUCUUAUUCUUGCUAGUGAUAAUCUUUAAGAUUGUGUUCAUGAACAUGUAUUUCAUAUUUCAAAUUUUCAACUUUAUACUAAUAUCUAAAGUUUCUGAAUUUCAAAAGAAA